AAUGACUAACCUAGUUAGCACUCAAGGGUGUGGCCUCGUUACCAUGGAAGUGAUUCCAGCCAAACAAUAACGCCAAGUGAUUUCUCCUCGUUAGCCUUAGCCUUGAGUAGCAAUGUUAUUUAGUACCUGCGUUGGUGAUAGAAGAUAGCAGGUACACGAUGAAAUAGUCAAGGUGCUUUGUUCGCCCCCAUUAAAAAAAAAAUUGAAGUAAUCUUGGUUCAAUUUGCAUAUUACAUAAACUCCACCAGCCUCACUCAAUGAAAUCACAGGACUCUAUAAGAUCGAACAAGAUUGCCAAAACAUUGCACCUGAAGACUUUGGAAAAUAUUUCAACCGAGUGGUUGUGCAUGCAUUGAUAGGAUUUCCCUAUUUGAUUCAGAUUGUUAAUUUGGUGCGAUUUGGCCAUUUUUUUUGUACACCCCUACUUGAAAUUGUCGUUCUCGAUAUCUUUCUGCGCUAGUGAUCACGCUUGAAAAUUUUCUACAACCUACCAAGCAAACAGUACUAUAGGCUAUAGCACAUGAAAGUAACAGCUGACAACUUUUUUUUUUUUUGACAUAAAAUCUAAUGCUUUGUUUGGAAGAGAAGGAAGAAGUGAGGUUGAAAAGCAUUUUUUUUGUAUUGGUAGACUAUUAACGAAAAUAGCAAUUUGUAUGCCCAAAGAAACUUAUUUUCGUUCAAGUUAAUCUAUUAUUAUUCUUUUUUAGCUAGUUAUUACAAGCGGAUAGGAUUAAAAUUGCAGAUUUAGUUAUUAGCAAAUGAGUAUCUUUAAAUAAGAUGAACAAUAAUUAAUUCCCAUCCCUAAGUUUAGGACAUGUGUCUGGUUAGUAAUGUCCAACAAUUCAUUGCCAUUAACUGGAUGAAAGGAACGCUUUAACAGCAUUUUGCUUUGUGAUAAUUAGAGAGGAGUCGAACCUAAAAUUUUUGAGGGUUUGAGUCCAUAUCUUGAAAUUAUAUUUUUAUUUUUUGAGUUUCUGUAUCCCAAAUUCAAAGAACUUUCGCUAAAUUGAAUAGUAAUACCAAUUAAGCUCUCCUUUAAUGGAUUGCUGAAUCUAUGAGUUUCAUUUAUUUUCUUCCUUUCUACUGAAGAAAGGUUUGCAAAUCUGAACCUAAAAGAGGUGAAGAUGACCACCAAGGUGAAAGGCCUUCUUAAAGGCCUUCGUUAUAUUUCUCAAAUAUUUGAUGAGGAGAAAGAAAAAGAAAUACAGAUUGGUUUUCCCACAGAUGUAAAGCAUGUUGCCCAUAUAGGAUGGGAUGGACCAUCAACAGAUAAUCCAAGCUGGAUGAAAGAAUUCAAUGGACCAGGACAAUUUCAGUCAGCACCUUUGGUUCCUCCUCCAGUAGAUAUUCCUAAAGAGAAUCCUGAAAUACAAUGGGUUUCUGAAGAUUCAAACAGAGGGUCGAGAAAUGCAAAUCCUUCUUCCACCGACGGAGAUCAACAACAACCACCAAAAUCAGCCAGGCGUCAUUCUUCUUCUAAAGACAACUCCAGCACCGGCACUGAUUCUCCUAAAAAAUCUCGAAGUUCCCGCCGACACCACCGAAAAGACUCCGCUGACGGUUCCAAACACGGCAGAAUCCACCUAGAUGCCGCCGGAUCAGAAUCUCCGGCGAGAGAUCUCCCGGAGAUUCCUAAAAAAUCACGGCGGAAGAAGUCUAAGGAAUCUGUCCCCGGCGGCAGUACGGUUGCUGGAUCACGAUCGUCGAAGAAUAAAGGCACUUCUUCUUCUUCUUCUUCUAGUACAGUUGCAGCACUGGAUACUACCGGGUCGAGACCCGACCCGGGAAACAGUGAAAGCAUCAUUUCAUAACAUGAAAAAAAAAAAAUUAACAAUAAAAAUGUACUCGAAUGCAUUUUAUCUUUUUUUAUUUUUUUCUUUUAUUCUUUUUUUGAUAGUUUAGUUAAGAUCCAUAAAUGUUUGUAAAACCUCAAAAAGUUUUAUAUUACGUUCAUAGAAAUUAUGUACGAUUUUACCUUUACAUACCUUCAUUACACAGUUCUUUUUUUUUUUUUUUUUUUU